GGCGCCGAGAGUGUUUCUGCUCUGCGUUCUGUUUACAGUAGGAUUACUGGCGGGGCGGAGUGUAGGGCUGAAGUAUGUGAGGUAGACGGCUGUAGCAAGUAUGAAGAUGGUAUGUUGUUACUGAAGAAUAAGUACCGUAGAGGAACGGGCGGACCAUAUCAUUUAGACAGGCUGUCAGUGUGAAAACAUGGGUGUCGCGGGACUAGACGUGACCUUGGAGUUCACCCGCGAACCACAGGAUGUGGUAGCGGUGCGCAGCAAGCCUCUAGUCCUGCAGUGUGCGGUGUCGAACUCUGCUCCCGGCCCGGUGAAUAUCACCUGGACCCACGAGGGUGAGCCACUUCCGCUAGUCAACGACUCCCGCCGCUAUCUGCUCCCCAAUGGCUCACUAUACUUCAGGAAGGUUUUGUGGAAACGUGGUGGUCCGCAGCAGGAAGGCCCUACUGACCAGGGACUGUAUCGCUGCAUGGCACGUAACUCAGUAGGGGCCCUAGUCUCCAGGUCCGCUCACCUUCGCGUCGCCACACUGUCCCACGAUUUCUCUCAGACACCAUACAAUACAACUACAGAGGAGGACGAUAUCGCUCGCUUCAUGUGCCAAAUCGAAUCUGUUCCGAAGGCUAUGGUUUCUUGGGAAAGAAAUGGAAAACCUCUACCUCAUAAUAGCAGGUAUUUUACAUUAGACUCAGGUGUUCUAUACAUAACCAAGGUGCAGCAUAGUGACGCAGGUACUUAUAGGUGUGUGGCCACAAACUUGCUCACAAAGAAAUCAAGGUACAGUUCAGAGGGCCACUUGGAAGUUGUACCCAAAUCUCCGUUUAUUCGCUUGCCACAAUUCAUAUCAGUCAGUAGUGCAAUGAUUGAGACUCACGCAGGUGCAAAUGUGACCUUGGAUUGUGCAGCUACUGGCUUGCCAAUUCCAGAGCUAACUUGGACCUUCUUGCCACGGGUUCCGGAUGGCAAGCUGCAUCCAAUAACAAACACCAGUCGGAAUGGACUGAAUGUGGUAACAUUGCAUCAUGUCACACCUGGGCAGACUGGUACAUACACCUGUACAGCGAGUGUUGCACAUGACAAACUAAUUACUCCAAUUACACAGAUGGUGUUGCUCGAAGUAUUAGAGGCCCCAUUGUUCAUCAAAGUUCCAACAUCACAAGUGUAUCUCACGGCAAAGACUGUACGUUUUGAGUGUGACGUUAAGGACAACAGAACAACAGAAAUAGUAUGGCUGAAGGAUGGGAAACAGUUGCAAAUUAAUGGUCGAAUCAAGCAGCGGCCAUCAGAACUGGUGCUAUCCAAUACUGUAACAGAUGACUCUGGACUGUACCAGUGCUUGGCUUACAAUAGAGUCGGGGAGAGUUGGGUAGCUGGUCGACUGCUGGUGAAUAUGUCACGCAUCCAGCCCGAGCCACCACAAGGCCUGACUUGCUACACACUUUCCGACUCUGCAGUUCGGUUAGAGUGCAAGGAGCCUGCAAAGCCCCAGAACAAUAUUACUGCCUAUACAAUACAUUACCUUCCCACAGAUGGUGGUGAAGAACGACAAGAAGUUUCAAUAAAUUGCUCUUUUCUGGUGCAUAAGUUGUCAGCCUUUACAAACUACACAUUCUAUGUGCGUGCCUACAGUUCAAAGUCAGCCAGUGACCAGUCAAAGCGCACCAAGUGUCAGACUGGUGAAGGAGUUCCUCAAGCCGCCCCACAACUGUCUCUGAAAGCCACCAGCCCCAUUUCUCUGAGGGCUAUGUGGAUGCCCCUUAGUAAGGAGAAAGCUCAAGGUGUGGUUACAGAGUACAAGAUACAGUGGAGGAGAAAGGGCCAAGCUUCCUCUCGGGUAGAACAGCUCAGAGGUGAUGUCACUGAUUACACCAUCACAGGUCUGCAUCCAGGCAAGAAAUAUCAAGUUCGAGUUCUUGCAGCCACAAGUAAAGGCUGGCCGAUCCAGGCAGAUGAGUUUGAGUGGCAAGAUUUGGAAAUGCCUAGUUACGGCUCACAACAUGUUCCUCAGGCACCUACAGUACACUUGACUGUUGUCAACGCCACUUCUAUUGAGGUGACGUGGAGUAUGUCUUCUGAAGACAUGUACAAGCCAGAUGGGUUCAUACUUUACUAUCGCAAAAUGAGUAAUGAGAAAUUUGGACCCAUUAGUUUGGCCUCCAAUACAACUCAGUACCUUUUGGGCAAUUUAGAGCCAGACUGUUGGUAUGAAGUUACUGUUCAAGGCUAUAAUAAUGAAGGUGUGGGGGACCUUGGUUUGAAAGCAAUUCACACACUUCCUGCCAGAGGGAGUACUGAUGGGACAUCCAACCCCUUCUUGGGGCUGGAGCCUCCAACCAACCUGGAGGCUGAACCUACGUCACCCACCUCCAUUAACCUGACAUGGACAUCAUCCCAGUCCACCAUGAAUGUCAGCUACUAUACCGUAUGUUACGGGCUGGUGCAGAGUACCCGUACAGUUAACACUUCUGUAUACAGCUACGUAAGCAGCACGAGCCAGGGCGUGGAGGUCACUGGCUUGACGCCCUACACCCUGUAUGAAUUCAAAGUGCGCUCCCAUGACCACAACAAUCAGUAUGGACCAUACAGUCAGAAAGUUGAGUGCCACACCCUUGAAGAUGUUCCAAGUGCAGUGCUGGAUGUGCAGUGGAGUCCCCUUAAUUCCAGCACAGUACGUAUAUCGUGGAAGGAGCCGCAACGCAGCAAUGGUGUGAUCAAGAACUAUGAGUUACUGGUUCGAGGCUAUGCUGGAUCACAGCAUAGCGUGCACUGUGUCAAUGUGUCGAAUUCCAAGUUAAACACUGAGGUUACAGAUUUAGAGCCUAACACGAGGUACUUAGUGACUGUAAGGGCAGUUACACGGGCAGGAAUGGGCCCUCCCUCAGCUAGUGUCACCGUCACAAUUCCGGUAGUCCCACCACCUGGCAUUCCAGCCAGUGUACGGCCACCAUCAACUCAUAAUCCAAAGACAGACCAGCAUUUGGGAAUUGUGGUGGGUGUGGCAAUAGGAGUGGGUUUCAUCAUACUGUGUGCCAUGGCUGUCAUGUGGCGAAGACGUUGCAUGAAGUCUGCAUCCGCUGAGUGUAGCAGUACAGCUACCACAUGUGGCGGUCAUCAGGUGAAUGGGAAUGGCUACUACAAGGAAUGGGACCGGUCUGCCACCGGUCAUGGGCGCAUAAUGGCUGCCCCUUCUGAGAGUCAUGAGCUGGAUUAUUUUGUGACUGCGGUUACCACCAACAUCCCUUGUGAUGAUAACACUGAUCACUUGGAUACAAAGGGUGGAUACCCGAAUGGGCAAGUCAAUGGACUGAUGCACCCACUGCUUACCAAUGGACGGAUACCUAAUGGGCAGGUGUCACGUGAUUGGUGCAAUGUUCGCAUCAUAGAAAAUCCACAGUUCACUCAUGGAGAAAGCGUGGAUUCUCAGCAGAGGUUGCUGUUACCAGUGAAGACCCAUACCAGUCACAUGCAGAGUGAUCGGAGAUCAGGAGCUGGUGAAGAGGAGGUUCAGUUGUUGUCCGAACAUCAUGUCCCGCUAAUCACACUUAGAGGGGAGGAAGUGCCUCUGCAACGUGAAGCCAGUCAUGGAGUGGCAGCAGAUAGCAGCAGUAACGUUUGGGACGGGACUGAAGAUACCAGCAGUGCAGACAUUCGAGUCAGUGACCUGCCCAUCAAUAGCACUCAGGUCACUGAUAUGGACGUAAGUUCUGAUGGUGGCAUUCUCCAUGGACGAGGUAACCAAAGUAGUCAGCAAAAGCAGGAGCAGCACAGUCAACAGCAUUCCCCACAUCAUCAUCAUCACCACCCCCAUCAGCAGCAUCAGAACAAUAGUAGUUAUAAUAGCCAUAGCCAAGGCAGUACAAGCCUUCAUCACAUCGAUCACAUUACGGGUACCACUGCAACAAGAAGCCAGUUUCAUCCACCCCUUGUUCAGAAGUCCUCCUCAGCCACAACAGUCACACCGCAAGCUGAACUCCUUCACCCAACAGCUUCUCCAUAGAAUUGCCUGUUAUGCAACCAGUAACAAAGUACUGUUACUGGAACUAUUUAAAAUGCUAGGAACAAACAAUAAAAAUAAAAAAGUAUGUUUCGGAUGGAUGCGGGUACAACUCGGUAUUUUGUUUAUUAGUAACUGAGGUAAUCGGUGUUAUUAAACUACCAUAACACACUAUAUACUUCACUGAUGCUAUUGAAACUGUUACUACUUAUGCUACCAUCUCAUAGCCGUAAUGAUCAUUGCCAUUUCUACCGCUGUCAUAAUUCAUGUACCUAUCGAAUGUCUACAGUGUCAUCAUACAUUUAACUAUAUACAGAUCCAUCAUGUCUGUGUGAGCACCUCCAUGGUUGGCAGGUUGAAUCACUUGGUUGUUCGUGACAUCUGCUACAUGUAGGUAACGGCAUUCAACAUAGAAGCUCCUAGCUUGUCGCUGAUUGAUGCAGGGAAGUGUAUCAAUUUGCUGUUUAUAAGUUCCCUAAAGCCAUGUUAUGGUCAUCAGGAUCUUGGAUAUCCUGACCAGUCACAUGAUGUAGAAAUGGUUUGUUGCAGAAGUUGCCUUGGUUAGUGCGAAACGACUGAAUCACCAUGCGCUUGUAACAUUUCAGGAAAUGUGGUGGUAUGUGGUAUUCUGAAGUUCUGCUUCUUUUUGUUUGUCAGUUUGAGGUCUUCUGGAGUGAGACAUCAUGUAAUCUCUUUGAUCUUUAGAAUUAUUUGGAGGGGUACACUGUGUGCAUGUUCUGUCCUAAAGCUUAAAGCUGAAUCUUGCUUUGUAACAGUACCAGACUGCACAGAGUCACAGUGCAGACAGCAGUAAACUUAAUUGUCACUGACCUGAGAUUCUGUAGUCUUGAUUAUUCGAUGCAUGAAGCUCUGUACCAAAGACAGCGUUGCUCACACAGACCUGCCGGAUGGAUGAACAGGUUAAGUGUAUGGUGACUGGGCACCCCUGUCUGGCUACCUGCCUGCCUAUUGCCACCACUGUCACCACCGCUAGUUACAAGCGUUAUUUAAUGCAUGUCUAUAAAAGACAGGGAAUAGGUGGUGUCCGAUGGCAAUGAUUGCAUUUUAAGAGUUUGAAGGUGUAAUUUAUGUAGUUUGUGUUCAACAUCAGGGUCUCUACUCAAAUACAGGACAGGAUUGAACAUAAAUAGUGUGCCUGAAAAGCAUAAAUCAAGUAUAUAACUCAUUAUUUUAUUCUAAGUGUCUUCAGUUACGAUUAGUAUAUGUCACUGGUCAUAACAUAUAUUUGUUUUUAAGGUAGAAAUGAAACUGUAACUUUAAAUCUCUGUUUAUUUUUGUGUGAAAUUGUCAUAGAAGUCCCAAUAUUUAUUAUUCAGUAAUAUGCGGUUACUCUUAGGAUUACUUCGUAGCCGCCAACAACUUCUGAUGUCCCGUUAAUUGUUUUCACAUAAAGUAAUGUUCACAGUUGAAAAUAUUAGCUUUUUUAACCCUUCAAUGAUGCAUGACAUAUAAUUUCUACUCACUUCUUGGGACAGAGUAGAAUGUAUAUUGCUGAUGAGUGGGGGCCCUGAAUGUAUUUUGUAAACAGAUGCUGCACCCUCUUCUUGGUUGCAUCUGAAGUGUAAGGAACUGUUAUAUAUAUAACUUUGUUCUCUGUCAGAAAGAGCCAUGGUCUGUGCUCUGUGUGAAGAUGGACUGUGCCCACUUGCCCAUUUGAUGACUGUUGUCUUUAUGUGUGAUUUAAAACUCUUAAGAGUGGUGAUUGUUGUGGUCUUCUGGGAUAAGACGCAGUGUAAUCUGGUAGACACCAGUGAUACAGAGGGUUCAGCUUCUUCCAUCUUCAGGGUAGUAAAUUAAGCCAACCAUUAAAGAAUAGUAUGGAUGUAGGAAAAGGGAGAAUUCAUACCAGAAGCUGGACUGAGGACCUCAUCUGCCAUGAAGAUUGAGACAGCAGGCUAAUCCAAAACAUCAGUAAAUAUCUACCAAACUUCACAGAAUCUCAUCCCAGAAGAUAGUGCUCAUUACCUCAAAUUUGAAACUUUUCAUGUUUCUUUUCACACUUGAGAAUGGUUUCGGUCAGAUUGUUAAGAUAUUUGUUCCUACAUCUGACUGGUGGUCAGAUAAGUGUUCCCAUAUAUGGUUUACUGUAUCUGACUUAGGUGAGACAGUAACUAGUCAAUGAAAGCAUUAAAAGUACCCUGACAUUUAGAAACCCUGGACUUGGGAUUUAAAUUGCCCAGUGAGAGACUGGCAGGGAAGGUGUUUAUGUGCCAUUAUCAGCCUUUCCCCCUCCAAAAAAAUAAUAAACUCGAAUGUAAGAUUUGAGACUUUCACGGCGGUGA